ACACCCACACAUCACACAAUUACAAGUCAAAGGUCCCAAGAUGUCCAAGUUGCUUUAUACGCUGUUGUUUCUUGGUUGCUUCUGCUCCCUUGCAGUUGCAUGGAACGAUCCCAAUGACAAUUGUGUAUUCUCCAUACCUUCUACUGAAGAUCAAGGCAACUGUGUCAACUAUGACCUCUCAAAACUUGCAGGAAUGGGCCCAAAAUCAUUUGUGGCCAAUGGCUACAACUACCUCCUGGGUCUGUGUGGAAACAUUCCUGAUUCAAUGAUCCCUAAGCAGUGUAUGCAGGUCAACUCUACCUUUGGGCCUGCAGUUGCUUACCAGUUCACUGCCGAUAGCUGCUAUGCGAUAGGAAAGCUGGAUGCCUCAUUCAUGUUCCCUGUUGAUGCGUCCAACAGUUCUGCUGGGUUGAGGAUUGUGUAUGGAAAAGGAGAGACAAGUGCCAGCGAGAGUGACCCAUGGCCAAGGGCCGUCAUUUACGAUUUUGAGUGCAACACUGAGGCACUUGUUGACAGCAACCCACUCACUCUAGUAGAGUUCCCAGGCUAUACAUACACUGUAAGAUGGCCCAAUUCUGUGGGCUGUCCAGUGUCCAAAGCGAAGGGGGAUUGUAAAUCUCCAGUCUUUGAUGGAACCUGGGAGAUGGUGAGGUACCGCCCCAAACCAUCCUGGUACGAUAAAGCAAAAUUUGGCAUUUUCAUUGUUUGGGGAUUGUACAGCGUUCCAGCAUUUAAGAAUGAGUGGUACUGGAAGCGUUUGAUGUCUGGUGAGGCUGAGUACGUAGAGUUCCACAACAAAAACUACGGCUGCUCUGGUGUCAUGCCUGAAAAGUUCCCAUGCACAGGACCGAAGUUUUCGUUUCCCGACUUUGCGCCAAUGUUUAAAGCUGAGCUGUUUCAACCAGAUGAGUGGGCAGACCUCUUCAAAAUGGCCGGAGCAAAGUAUGUGGUCCUGACAUCCAAACACCACGAAGGUUGGUGCAACUUCCCUAACUCUUACCACUGGAACUGGAACAGUGUGGACGUUGGACCCAACCGUGACCUCGUUGGAGAUCUGACCAAUAGCGUGCGAACUGCUGGGUUACAUAUGGGCCUGUAUCACAGUCUACGAGAGUGGUACCACCCUCUGUACGAGAUGGAUAAUAAAGAUAACUGUAGCGGGACUCUCUUCCCAGAUCAGGUGCUGUUACCAACACUCAAAGAGAUGGUGGAGCAAUACAAGCCUGAAGUGAUAUGGGCCGAUGGUGCCGGUGAUGCCCCCUGUACCCACGACUCCAUCAAGUACUGGAAGUCUCCGCAGUUUCUCAGCUGGCUGUACAACGAGAGUCCUGUGAAAGAUUCUGUGUUGGUUAACUCCAGGUGGGGCAGACCCGCCAUAGGAGACUAUCAGACAGGUGGUGACAGGUACACUCCAGGGAAGCUGGUGCCUUACAAGUGGGAGAGUUGCUACACCAUUCAGAUGAGUUCAUGGGGCUACGAUCGAACCGAGGGAAUAACACGGUUCUGGAACACCACCCGUCUCCUAUGGCAACUUGCCUCCUCUGUCUCCUGUAAUGGUAACCUCCUCCUGAACGUGGGACCAACAGCUGACGGACGUAUUGUCCCUGCUUUUGAGGAGCGCCUCCUUGACAUGGGUACAUGGCUAAAGCUCAAUGGAGAAGCCAUUUACGAAACUGUGCCUUGGAAGUUCCAAAAUGACACAGCAGCACAGGACAUCUGGUACACUGCCACUAAAGAAAUUGUGGAUCCCAUAGUCUAUGCUAUCUGCUUCAGACCACCUACACCAGGUGGGACCAUUGUUCUAAAGCAGAUCCAGAAAGCACAGGAGACCUAUCUCCUUGGUUACGGGGACAAUGCACUCUCAGCCAUGUCUGGCCCAAAUGGACUUUCCAUAACGUUCCCUGAAGAUGUACCUCUAGGCAGUCUACAACAUGCCUGGGUCUUCAAACUGUUGCAUGUACAGUAGUUCAAGCUAAGCUAGCAGCUAUAUAGACGCAUUAGCUUACUGCUUUUUUACGAGUAUAACUGUAUAGUAGAUCUCUAUAAACCUUGAUCUACCUUAAGGUGACAUAUUUUCACACAGGUAGAUUUGUUUGUGUUUUUACAGUUUUGUACAUUUUGCUGGUAUAAUUUUUUGCGAAAUGUC